GAUUCAUGUUCUUUUAUUGCAGUCUUUACCAUGAAGCAUCUCAUUUUUGUUCUGUUUCCUUUUUUCACAAUGAGUGAAGUUGUGCAGGAUUUCACACUAUGCAAGAAGUUCUUUUUUAAUGAGCAACCGCCUCUGUUCACACCACAGAGCAUUUCAGUCAGACACAUCUGCCAGUGUAUUUGGGAUAACAAUAAAGGGAAGAUUUAUGCUUAUGCAACUUUGUACAGCACAACGUGGAAGAUCCCCAUCUACUCUGCAUACGUGUUUGGCAGCAAAACUAUUGGAAGAGCUGAUGCUUGGUACAUUGAACCUCAGCUGGAUCAGGAUCCUGAGGCGUGUAUGCGAACCCAAGGUCAGAAUACAGAUAUUGGUAAAAAUCAGGCUCUGAACAGAGACUAUGAGAAUUCUGGGUAUAACAAAGGUCAGCUGUAUCCAAUGAUCCACACUGAUAAUCAUGUCUCUAUGCUGGCCACCUCCACCCUGACCAACGCUGCUCCACAGGAUCCAAAUUUCAAUCAAAAAUAUUGGCUGGAUCAUGAGAAAGAUGUAGCUAAAGAUCUGAAAACAUGUACUAAAGCUUAUGUGGUGGCCGGUGUAGUUCCUGACCAAAACAAAUGGGUAAAUUCUAAAGUUAAAGUAUCAAAGUAUUACUGGAGAGCCACCUGCUGUCAAAACCAAAAUGGGUUCAUAGGGAAGGGAUACUAUGGACCUAACAACAAUGGCAAAGUGGAGGAAGUAACAAUUCCAAAACUUCAGGAAAUACUUAAGAAAUAUGGCAUAGACAUUAUGAUUUUUCCAAACAUACAACAAGAUGAAAGAUUACCAAAAAGAAGGAAAAUUGAAUAUCCAUGCAACUAA